AUGACAAUACCUGACCCACACUAUGGACCCAGCAGUUCAGUUCAUGCGCUUACGUCAGGAGAAACGUCCCCUGGAGGAAUACGUAGAAGACUUCUGAGCUUUGGCCAACCAGGAAUCAGACUCUGGAACAAAGAGCAGCUGCAGCAGAAUGUAUGUGCUCAUCCCCAAAUUAAUACAGAUUUCAAUGUCACAGCUUCAGACUCCAUCGUGGACAAAUCGAAAUUACUGAACAUUGAUGGUGGUCUGAAGUUGAGUUUUUUAGGUGAACUCCUCCAUGUAAGUGGAGCAGCCAAAUAUCUCAAAAGCACCAAAAAGUCUUUCAAUCAACAGAGACUCACCUUACAUUAUCAUUCAACCAGCAAGUUUGAAGAACUCACUGUGAACCAAUUGCCUUCUGGAGAUAUAGCUAACUAUAAUGAUGACAUGGCCACACAUGUGGUGACAGCAGUGCUGUAUGGAGCAGAUGCCUGCUUUGUGUUUGAUCGAGAAGUUUCAUCAGAUGAGGACAAGAAGAAAGUAGCAGGAGAAGUAAAAGUUGCUUUUGAUAAACUACAGGGCAUUGUUUCAGCUGGUGCAAAUUUUGAUCUGAACAUGGAUGACACUCAGAAGAAUGUAGUUAAAAAAUUUACUUGCACAUUUUAUGGUGACUUCCAGUUAGCGUCUAAUCCGGCCACUUUUGCAGAUGCUGUGAAGGUUUUUGCUGAUCUUCCAAAACUACUGGGAGAAAACAAAGAACUUGUGGUUCCAGUGAGAGUUUGGCUUUAUCCUUUGGACAAACUACUCUCAAAAACUGUCAAACUUCAAAAAGACAUCAGCAUAGAUCUAAUCACAGACAUAGAAUUAGUGAUCGAGAGUUUAAAUACAGCUGAAAUGAAAUGCAAUGACCUUCUGGUAGACUCACCUGCUCAGGCCUUCACAGCAUUUCAUGAUAAAAUACAAAACAUGAAGCAAAAUUGUUACAAGCACAAGCUGAGACUCAUGAAGAAACUUGGCUAUCUGUUGCCAAACAUCCGUGGAGACAUGAUUCAGGACACAGCUCUGACUGAUCUUUUUAAAGAUCAUAAUGAAUCUCCAUUCAGCAGAAGUGGUCUUGAACAGUGGCUGAAAGAGAGAGAGAAAGAGUCUGAUGUCAUCAAAACACUGCUCAGACAACUGAAUGAUUCUGGAGCAAAAGUGGAAGACAACCUAGAUACAAUCUUGAUGGAUCUAGAAGUCGAAAAUUUGGUCAGUUACACGUUAACAUCACUGGACUGGUCAGAUGAGCUACUUUCUAAACAAAAGGUCUUCCUGAGCUCUACAACUACGGACAAAAAUGAUGAGAAUACACCUGAUUCCAAGCAAAAGUCUUGGCUUACUCCUGACUUAAAAAACACCAUGAGGAGCAACUUAAUGAUAUUUAAAAACUUGAUUGAUUCAAAAGACCAUAAACCAGCUGAGUUUAUUAUUUCAUCAAAGGAAAUGAAGAACAAUCCAGGUUCCUGCAUUCUCCUGUAUGAAAAUGGAUGUGAUGAAGCUGUUUGCUUCACUCCUCCAUCAAAACCAGCCCGUCCAAUCCCUGAAGAGGUCAGAGAUGACAGUGUGGUUGUGAAGGUGUCUUCAUCAUGUCCUGCUACAGUAGAGCAGAUACUGAAUACCAGAUGA